AUGGGAAGGAAGAAAUAUCCGCUAGCAGUUCGAUUGAACUCUUUGGCCAACAAAGUACUCUUCGAAGAUUUCGUAAACGGAACUGCUCCCCGCGCGGUUGACGUCGAGUACCUUGAAGGCAAGAGCAUUUAUCAAGGCGAUCUGAGUUACAAUGCAUCAAACGAUGCCACUACCAAGCAAUUCACUGGCGAGCGCGAUUUCGGGAUGUGGUCUGAACCUGUGGGUGUUCGGGAUUUUUGGCCUCAAACCCCGAACCAGUCAUUCGUUGAUCUCCCUAACACGUUUGGAUUUCGCACAGUUCAUAUGCACGGCAGCAACAGCGCUGGUCAUGUGAAGCUCCGGUUAGCCGACCCAACAGCUCAACCGGAAAUCAACUUCCGUCAUUUCUCCGACGAGGGCGCAGACCAGGAUAUUGCUGCCAUCCAGGAAACCGUAGCCUUUUUCCGACGAGUCCAUGCUGAUGUGGCAGCGCCUGUUGGCCCAAAUGAGGUCAUUUGGCCUACCUGUUCGGGCAGUGUCAGCGCCGACGGCAGUUACUCAGAUAAAGGCAAUGACGAGCAAUUCAUUCGAGACAAUAACUGUGGUCAUCACGCCACGAGUACCAGCUCUAUUGGACUAGAUGACGAUUCAAAUGCCGUCCUUGACUCCAAGUUCCGUGUUCGUGGCGUAGAGGGUCUCCGUGUUGUCGACGCAAAACCCGUACCACACCACAUGGGCGAAACCUCAGUCCGUGACGCACUUGUGGCAUUUGCCGCGGAGCGUGAUUGGGAGCAAUUCCACACUCCGGAGAACCUCGCGAAAAGUAUAUCGAUCGAAGCGGCAGAGUUGCUCGAGUGCUUCCAGUGGAGCGCAGACGCUGAACCGAAGCGCGUGCGCGAGGAACUUGCAGACGUCCUCACGUAUUGUCAUCUGCUCGCUAUUCGCAUUGGAGCCGAUCCAGAUCAGAUUGUGCUAGAAAAGCUCGAAGUCACCCGCAAGAAGUACCCCGUGGACAAAGCCCGAGGCGUUAAUAACUAUGGCUACCCAGGCGGGAGGAAUCCAAACAGUGUACUGAGGGAUAUCUACGUCGGAGAAUCGCUCAACGCUGUCAGUCGAUUACGACAACACCUCGAAACACCAGCUAAACAACACCUGAAAAAUGCUAGGAUCAUCCUGCAUGAGAAAUACAACAAGUCAGUCUGUCUAGAUUUGGAGUCCUAUCUCAUCAGGAUGAUGGCUGGUGACGGCGCGAAUCAAGUACUUAAUCGAAACAACGGCAUCACCGACGCGCAGUACUACCAGAGAGGAGCAUAUCGCGCAGAAUUUCGCACUGUCUUCGAACAACUCAAGUCUGAAGGAGUGUUUACUCGAAGUAUUCCAGAAAUCGAGAACAGCAGUCUCUUCAAACUUUCUCCUUAUAAAGCGCUUACGGAAGAUCAAGCAGAUUCCGUCGAAGAGAUCCUUACCAGAUUCUUUGUCGAUCUUUCGACGGGCGGGAGAAGCAAGAUCGUAAUACAAGGCGACCCAGGUACCGGAAAGACGGUCGUGGCUAUAUACUUGAUCAAACUUCUUGUCGAUAUUGCAGCCCUCAACUCGCUUGACGAUCUCAACAGCGACUCACGGUUCUUUGAAUUUUUCACUGCAGCUAAUCAGCGUCUCCUCCAAGAUUGCAGAAUCGGGUUGGUUGUUCCGCAGCAGUCAUUACGCGGUACAAUCAAGGAUGUUUUCCGAAAGACGCGCGGGCUCCAUCCGGACAUGGUCAUGACACCUUUCCAAGUAGGAGAAGCAGACGGCAUUUUCGACUUGCUAAUAGUCGACGAGACCCACCGACUCAAUCAGCGCGCUAAUCAACCAUCAGGGGUACUCAACGGGAAGUUUACAACCAUUACAAGGGAGCUUUUUGGCAGUGACGAUUUCAGCAAGACGCAGCUUGACUGGAUUAUGGCGAAGAGCAGGCAGCAGAUCUUCCUUCUAGACGCAAUGCAGAGCGUUCGACCAGCCGAUCUUCCACAAGAGCUACUCUCAGAUCUCGUUUCCGAUACGCGUGCAACAGGCCAGCAUUUCCAGCUCCGCACUCAGAUGCGCGUACAAGCGGGUUCGGAUUUUGUGUCUUACAUUCGAUGGAUCUUUGAUCCCAACCCCCUCUCGGUCCCGCGAGCACGAUUGAGUCUCGGAGAAUACGAUUUCCGCGCCUUCGACACUGUUGAAGAAAUGCGUGAUGAAAUUUUCAAACGAAAUGAUGAAGCUGGACUUUCCCGCAUGGUUGCAGGCUAUGCUUGGGAGUGGAAGACGCAAAAGGACAAGACGGCGUUCGAUGUUGAGAUCGGUGACACGAGACUCCGCUGGAACAGUACGCCAACAGAUUGGGUAUCGUCCGACAAUGCGCUACAGGAAGUAGGGUCGGUGCACACGGUGCAGGGUUAUGAUUUGAACUAUGUUGGCGUCAUCAUUGGGCUGGACUUGCGUUUCGAUCCGGCCCGAAGGCGACUUUAUGUCGAUCGCGAUUCGUACUUUGACAAAAAGGGCAAGGAGAAUAAUCGUGCACUUGGUAGAAAGUACUCCGAUGACGACUUGCUGCGGUUCAUAACUCAGAUAUAUGCUGUGCUUUUGACACGGGGCAUUCGCGGUACAUAUGUAUAUGCAUGCGAUCCCGGCUUACGAGCAUACCUCUCCGACUUCAUUCCAUCAAGUUCGGGAAAUCCUGUCAACUCGGUUCUUAACUCCGACAACAACCUGAUUAUUUAA